UUCUUGAGUUUCGUUUGACGCGGUUGUGGAUGCGGAUAAAAAGCAAAAUUAAUAUUUGCUAAAGAUAAAAUAAUCAUUAAAAAAAGUUGAAAAUAUACACACAUAUGUAUAUAAAAAUACAAAUAAAUGGGAAUAAUCAUUGAAUCAGAAAGAAAACAUUAAAAUUACAACAAAAACACAGUUCAAUAAAAACAGCAAAAUAAUAAUUACAACAAAAAUUGCCGCUAAAUUGUGUAAGAAAAAAAAAAACAGCUGAAAAAAUAUCUAUUAUAUACAUAUUAAAUCACAAAAGAAAGAGUAGAGAAGAAAAAAAACUUACAUAUACACAAGGCGAAUAACCAGCUGUUAAAUAAAAUAAGAAAAAAAUAUUAAACGAGAAACAGCAGCUCAAUUUUGGAAGAAGAAACCAAAACAUAGAGCGAGUAACAUACGUAAACAAGUGAGAGUGUAUAAGUGAGCGUCACUUUUUCGAAUAGUGUAUUAGUGUGUGAGUAAACUAUAAAAAGAAAACGGAAAAAACGUCAUUUUGGAUUUCGUUUGACGUUCUGUUUUCGCUUAAUGAAAAAAAUAAUAGAAUUCAUAUGAAAAAGUGAAAAAUCAAAACAAAAAAUAUUACAAAAUCUAUAAUACAACUUUAUUAAAAAAAAGAAUUAAAAAAUCAAUAGGCAUGAAUACAUACAGAAAAGUAUUGGCCUAAAUGUUAUUUUUAAACAAAUGAGUGUGCAUAAAGCAAAUUAUAACAAGAAAUAUAUAAAAACACGUGGUUUUUUCAUUAAAAACGUUUGAAAAAUUAGAUUCCAAGAAAAAGAAUUAAACUAAAAAGCAAAGAAAUAUAAUUUUAAACAAAAACAAAAAAACAAUUUUAAUAAAAUGUCUUCAAACGUUCCUAUUAAAACGGAGGAAGUGAUUUUGGAAAAUGUUGAAUAUCAAAGUACCGAAGAAUUGGAAGAAGAGUUACAAUUACAACUAGAUGACUCUGGAGGAGAAUCCUAUAUAAUACCGGGCGAAGGUUCAUACGAAGAAACACAUCAGUCGAUUAAAUCGCGUCAACGUCUUGACUCAAUGUCAUCAACAGGAGGUUGUGGUGGUGGCACAAAAUUGGCCUGCGGUACACUGCCACCCCCACCGCCCGUCAACAAGGCCACCCUUGAAAAUGAGAAACGUAUGCGGCGUGAAAUAGCCAACAGCAACGAGAGGAGACGCAUGCAAAGUAUUAAUGCCGGUUUUCAAAAUUUACGUUUAUUACUACCACGUCAUGAAGGGGAGAAAUUGAGUAAGGCUGCCAUAUUACAGCAAACAUCGCAGUACAUUUGUGAAUUGGAAAAUCAAAAAACCCAAUUACUGGCACAAAAUAGCCAACUAAAGCGACAGUUGGGACAACAUGAAGCUGGCAGCGGUGGUGGCAAUACGGAUGGCGGCAGCAAUGGCGAAAAUAUAACAGGUGUAGCCAUUAAGAAACGCAAACUAACCGACAAUGUAGCCAAUGUUCAAACUAUAAGCGAUUCGUCUGAUGAGGGUCUGGGAUCAAUGUCGCCCGAACCAAUGACUUUAUUAAACGCAGCUGGUGGCGCUGCGGCAGCUAAUACCAAGGCUCAAAUACUAUUGCAACAGAACACAAAAGAAAUGGUCGAACUAAAGGAGCAACUGUAUAAGGAGAGACGUUUGCGUACAAUGUUGGAGGAGGAAUUACAAAUGAUUAAACGCCAAUUGUAUUCAGUAGCAACCGCACCCCAACCAAGCGCCGCCGAAGCUGAUGAAACAGAUGGCGGCAGCACCACAACCACUUACAUUCCCCGUGAGGUAAUCGAACAUACUGGCAAUUUGCUGCGUGAAGAAUGCGAAGAGUUUUCCUAUGUCGAAAUCGAUGAACUGACGGGCCAGCAGCAGGUGGUGGUUUGCUCCACCAUUGAAGAAUUGGACAGUGAAGCUGCGGCGGCAGCUGCCGAAAUUAUAACGGAAGAUAAUGUGCACGAAGAAGUGGUGUUAUCGUCGUCCUCUACAGAAUCGGAACAAGAAGUAGCGGUAAAUGCUAUAGCAAAAGCCUAUGCCGAGGGCAACUCUCCUACACCCGCCAUGUUACAACCCAUCUUACAGGCAGCUAUUAAGGCCACACCCAAAGUCGAGGUGGAACGUAUAACAGAUGCCACUUUGAAAAAAGUGAAAACCGAAAAAAUCGAACAAACCAGUGGCCUAACACGUUCACGGCAAAAUCUCGAAACAAUAGUGGAAGCCAUACGCCAUCUAGAGGGCGAUCAUCUGUUUACCGACAGCAACGGUGAACAGCACAAGGUGUUGGUACAGACCCAGGCCGUCCGAGCAGUCGGUCAGGAUGCGCCUUUAGCCUUGACUACCAAACAGCAUGUGGUCGCGCAACGUAAGACUUUAGCGGAAUUACGGCCUUUUCUACAGCUGAAGGGAGGCAGUAAACAAGUCACUAUUGUGGGUGGCGGUGGUACUGCCAUGACAUUAACAAAAGCCGGUGCAGCAGUUAUACAGAAAGAUAUUACAAAGUCAUCAACAGCGGCAGCAAGUUCAAGUGGUGGAGCAACUGUUACCUCAGUGGUUUCGCAAGUUACACCCACCGCCAUCUUUAAAGUUCAAACAAAUGCCGCUGGCGGCAGUACAACAAUAACAAAAGUCGGUACAACUUCUGCGGGAGCACCGGGUAAUAUGACCAUUAGUACUACGUCGGUAAAACAAUGUCGUCCCGGUGUUAUCGUGGCCAAACAACUGUCUUGAUUUCGCAGCCUCCCAACAUCAAAACACCAACAAACUCAGCAGCAGCAGCAACAAACACAAAACCAACAAUUGCAACACAAUAAAGUUGCUUCAAAAAUGAACAACACAACCUUGAAACAUCAAACUCAUCAUCAACAUCAUGAUCAAUAUGCG